UGAGCGUCUCAUUCCUCAUACGGGGAUCCGAGGAAAUCUCGGCCUCAAGCAGGAAGGUUACACUGCGCGACGCAAACGUUCCGUGUUGUGAGCGUACCAUAGGAAUGACAGCAGGUUAUCCCUUGCGUGGUGCGGUGGUUUGGUGGAAAGAUGUUUGCUUAUGGUGGUAUACGGGGAGUUGAUAUAUAGGGUCGAGGGGAUGUUGCCAUGAUGUCGAGUCGCAGUCUGCAGAAUAACUGAAGACUGGACUGGCAGCAGGACACCAAAGCAUACGAUACGAUACGAUACCAUACCAUACCAUACCACGAUGUCCGGCUUACAAUCAGACAAUGACACCAAAAAUGGCCAACAGAAAGAAGUGGCCGUCGAGCUGGAGCAACAGAGCUCAUCGUCGACUGACCCAUCUGACGAAUUGCCUCCGUUGAUUUAUACCACAGAGGCUAAACUGCUUCGCAAGAUCGAUCUCAGAUUGCUCCCGUGUGUGUCGGGGCUGGUGUUGCUGUGCUAUCUGGACAGGUCCAACGUUGCCAAUGCACUCGUAUACGGAUUGCGAGAGGAUUUGAACAUGUCCGGGGUGCAGGUGUCGACGGCGUUGACCAUGUUUUUCAUCACGUAUAUCUUAUUCGAGAUUCCGUGGAAUAUCACAUUGAAGAGGUUGACGCCGCGGGUUUGGCUGUCUCUUUGUAUGCUCGGUUUCGGCUUGACGACAAUGUGUACCGGAUUCGUUCAGAAUUAUGGUGGUUUCGUGGCCACGCGCCUUGUCCUUGGAUUGGCGGAAGCAGGAAUCUUCCCCGGCUGUGCCUAUCUCAUGGGAUCGUGGUAUAGACGAAGAGAGGCCCAACGACGCUUCUCAUUAUAUCUGAGCGCAACCUGUUUGGCUACCGCUUUCGGUGGUUUGAUAGCAGCCGCCAUCGGCAACAUGGACGGAAUGGGCUCUUUGUCCGGCUGGCGAUGGAUUUUCAUCAUCGAGGGUAUAUUGACGGUUCUAUUAGCGCUGGUCUGCUUCGCCUUUCUCCCAAACUUCCCAGAGCAGGCCAAAUGGCUCACAGACGAGGAGCGCGAAUAUGUCCGGGCGCGAUUGCGGGCUGAACAGGGCAGCUCAGCACUUGGCCAUCGCAUCACGGUACGCGACGUCUGGGAGGUAAUAAAAGACCCCAAAGCGAUAAUCACGGGAAUUCUUCAUUUGACGGUUUCCGUGCCGGGGACCAUGGGCACGUAUUUUGCACCGACGAUUAUUGAGAGUCUUGGGGUUUAUUCUCCGAUUCAGACCCAGUGGCAUACGGUCCCGGUGUGGAUGGCCGCCUUUGUUUUGACUCUAGUCGUGGCAUAUGGUUCCGACAAGAUGGGGAGUCGGUAUGCCUUGACUGUAGUCUGUGCCGUCAUAAGUAUUGUGGGCUAUGCUAUCUUGUCCGGAACGGAAAAUGUGCAAGUGCGGUACGGAGCGUUAUUUUUGGCCAUCGCUGGUAUCCAUGCUCUGAUGCCUUUGGAGGUUUGUUGGAACGCGAUGAAUCUUGGAGGCCACCAUCGACGGGCCGUGGGAAGUGCAUGGCAAGUGUCCGUGGGAAGUCUCGGAGGUAUCAUCGGGACGUACGCCUUUCGACAGGAAGAUGCACCGGAGUAUCGAUUUUCGUAUGCCCUCUGCAUUGGCUUUACCUGUGCGAGCGCCGCACUCUGUACCGUGUAUUGGGCGUGGUGCUGGUGGCUGAACCGUCAACGAGCCAACCGGGGAUGGGGACGAGAUAUGAGCGAGGAGGAAAAGGAGCGUCUAGGAGACCGGAGCCCGAGUUAUCGGCUGAUGCUAUAAGUGAAACAGAAUGCCAUUGAUAUAAUGCUAUAUAGAUGUCCGUCAUAAAAAAAGUCCUGCCACUCGAUCAAAGCGAGCACCAGGGUGGAGUAGACGCGGUCCUGCUAAAAACCGUAUGGGUUUGUUCUUCCACGAAUGAUAACGAAAACAGUAUAGCCUCUAUGCCAUGGGGCAAGACGCACGACUGUGUGGUGAUAGUCUGGUUAGUAUAAAUCACAUAGAGCAAGAGAGCUCUUCAUUAUGAGCUCUGACAACUCUGUCGAGUCAAUUCUUGAGACUGUGCGAUGGGAGAAGAGAGAAGAGAGAAAAAGCGAA